AUGGAUCGCUCUAUCAAGUAUUCGAAGUAUACGGACUCAGCAAAACUUUUAGGAAGCAAGACAGAGACUGGGGUCAGACUUCUAAGAUCCAUGGUGAAAAAUAGAGAACAAUUCGGAAAGCCAGAUAUCAAUUUUGAUGUAUGGAAAUACGAUUACAUUGUUCCAUGGAAUACCUUAUUUGAUAUAUUCAUCGUAUUGCUCUAUGUAUUAUUUGCACUUACAUUUCAGUCCACAAAAAUGUCGAAUUUUCAUAAUUUCGGUCUUAUUUUCGAUAAUUACUUUCUUGGCGAGACAGAUGAGGAUGAUGAUGGGCUAACAUAUAUUUAUUUCAAAAAAACUUUCAUCGAAAUAGUUCAAAAUGUUUCACAAAGUUUUUUUACAUUUGUUGACUCAUUUCCAUCUCAAUUAGACUUUGAAAGAAGUUCAAAUUUAACGGUUUCGCUUUACGAAACAGGCAAAAAUGUUCAAACAUUCGAUUAUUCGCCUGAAAACGUCACAAAUAUAUCAUCUGUGGCUACUCGCGCUGCCAAUUCCAAACAAUUUGAAAAAUUAGUUUUGGAUGUUGACUAUGUUAUCAAAGAAAUUACGUCAGAUUCAAUGAUGACUUUUAUUACAGUUAAAUAUUCUAUGAUUUUUCUGGAUGUAGAUCAACUUGGUGUUAUUGAAUUACGCUCUAAGCUUAAAAAUACAGUAACAAAGCUUAUUGGAACAAAUCCAAUUGAUUAUGCAUUUAGGACAGAAAUCUUUGCUGUAGGCAUUUUUAUUGUUGAUACUUUUGCAUUGUUGUUUACGAUUUCUCGUUUUAUUGUAUUUUUCAAAAAUGCUUCCGUUUAUUCCACGAGAAACUACUUAACUUUUUACAGAGCUGUUCUUCGUAAGGUUGAUGGAUGGGAAAUUUUCAAUCUCUUCUAUCAAUCAUUAACUCUUAUCACUAUAUUGAUAUAUUUAUUAAUUUUAGAUCCAAAUUUUGGAUAUCAAAGAUGGCUUUUAUUCUUAUUAGGUGUAGCAGCAUUUAUCCAUUCUUUCGGAUUGUUCAGAUACCUGAAAAUGAAAGAUGAUUUGUGGCUCGUCGCAAGAUUGGCAGUUCGAUCAUUGGGACAAUCAUCAUCAUUGUUUUUAGGAUUUACUCCUAUCUAUUUAGGUUUUGUUUUCGUAGGAAUUGCCUUCUUUGGAUAUUUUUGCAAUGUAUUCAAAGGAUUUUUAAGAACAAUCAAGGUUCUUUUCUCUAUAUUCCAUUGUGAUAUUGUUAUGGAUACCGAAGAACUGGUGAAAGAUGCUGGAGUUCUUCCUGAUUGGAUUAUUAACUUUUAUAUCUUCGCUUGGACGAAUAUGACUGGUGGAAUGAUUAUUAAUGUCAUUAUUUCAGUUGUUGAAGUCACAUUGGAUUCUCUUAUGACUGAAAGAGCGAAUAAGCAAAAUCGUCGAAACGAAUAA